GGGCAAAAAGAGCAAAACAAAUACCUGUGAAAUGACAAAAAUACCCUUGAUUUACACGUAAUUUCUGAAAUGCCAUCGUCUCUUCGUUUUCUUCUUGAUCUGCAGCAGUUUCUCCAUGUAUAUAUUCUCUGCCAACUCUUUCUUUAGCUCAGUUGUCUCUCCUUGGCUGCGAUUUAUUUGGUGCUGGGCUCCCUCUCCUCAGUUGGAGUUUUUUUCUGGUUUGGGUCUUAGAGAAAGGAGAAGAAGCGCAAGACCCGAGAAGCUGCUAAGCGCAAUUGACGAAGGUUAUGACAACAGGGCAAAAGGUAAUGCUAGAGUAUCAGGGAAAUGAUUAUGUUAUACCGUGAAUGAAGCUGCUAUACGUGAGCAAGAACAGUCAGACUUGGCAUUAAGCAUGUCAAGGGAAUGCUGCUCUAUGGACCUCCUGGUACUGGCAGUACUCUAAACUCCAAAGGCUCGUCAGAUUGGGAAGAUGUUAAAUGGAAAAGACCCAAAGGUAUGGAAUUAGAGUUGUCAGGUUAGCAUAGAAUAAUCCUUCUGUCUUUGUUAAUUGUUACAUAAUAUCUAAUUCAUAUAACCAAGCAAAGAUGCUGGUGCGAAUUCAACUGCAAAAUUUCUUGUCCUCAUGUUACUCAAUUUUUUAGAUGUUGAGACAACUUGGUUGCAGCUUUCAGAUAUAAUCAUUUUCCAAAAUAAAUUUUUACUUGUUUGUUUAGUUUAUGUUCCAUUAUUAGGCAUAGUAUUUCUGAAAUAACAAAUUUCUCGAUUUGCCACUCCAAAUAAAAAAAAUACUUUUCUAAUCAUCUACUAAAGGUAGGUCCAACCUUUUGGCGAUUAAUUAUAGAUUGUCAAUAGACCAGAAGUCUUGAGUAAAUUUGUUGGAGAAACAGAAAAGAAUGUAAGGGAAUUAUUUGCCGAUGCUGAAGAAGACCAAAGAUCAUGAGGGGAUGAAAGUGACCUGCAUGUUAUCAUUUAUGAUGAAAUCGAUGCCAUCUGUAAGUCCAGAGGUUCCACUAAAGAUGGUACUGGAGUUUAUGAUAGCAUUGUCAACCAGCUUCGUACAAAGCCCUGGGCGUUUAGAAGUACAAAUAGAGAUUAGACUUCCCGAUGAGAAUGGCCGUCUGCAAAUCAUUCAAAUCCAUACAAACAAGAUGAAAGAGGGUUCUUUUCUUGCCCCAGAUGUGAUCUUGCAAGAGCUUGGUAAUUAAGACACGAUUUUUGUUGGUUUGUUAUUGACUCAGUAAUGGCAGAAGGAUACUGGUGGUUCCGAGCAGACUCGUGAUGGAUUUCGUAGAAUAAGAGGAGCAGUGCUGGUGGUUGGUAAACCAAUUAUGUUUAAAAAUAAUCUGCAACCCACUACGGAAGAGCUUGGAAGAAGCCACUGGCUUCGUCCUCAUAUUUAUCAUCGGUAGAACAGGAGAUAAAGCAAAUGUGUCAGAACUCGUGAAGGAGGUGGCAAAAUUUGAUGACUUCAUGCUCUUGGAUAUCAAAGAUGAGUAUAGUCGUCCUUCUUUAAAGCCGCCUAUGCACUUUAUGAUUCUGAAUUCUAUGUCAAAGCUGAUGCCGACAUAUAUUUGAGGCAAGAUCGACUUUCACUUCUUUUGGCCAACAACGUUCUCCCACUUAAACAUAUCUUCGAUGCAUUAAUGUUCUGUUUUCACUGAUCUAAAGCAAAAAUGUUCAGAACCUCAGGAGCCUCAGAGAAGCAAGAUUCAUUGGAUAAUUGCCUGUUGUAUUUGGCUCCCACUGGAAGUCCAUCAUUUGUGAAUCUUAUAUUAAAUUCGACAGAAUGAUACAAACACAUGACAACGCAGGGUUUUGGAUCUCAAUACGCAAGAUAAGGGUGGCUCCUUCAACUUGUUUGUGUUCAACUCGUACAUUGAAUCUUUACAUAAUGGACCGGUCAAAAAAAAAUUCUCAAAAGAGGAUGAGUCUAUUUUCUGAUUCUAUACUCGAACAUAUACCGGAUAGACGGAGUUUGUAUUUAAACUCAAUCCGGAUAACUACAAAAUGAGUGGCCUCAUUCAAAAUUAUAUUUUUGGUGUCAUUUUUAUAUCAGAUUCUAAUUUGGAAAAAAUCUAAGAAAGUUUUUGUCUUUA